AAACGAAAGUAGGAGGAAGAGAGAGCGCCAUUGUAGACGGGACGACAAGACAACUUACAUACGGGGAAGGGAACUGACUUUCUGAUAUCAUGGAUGAGACUCCUCAGUCACUCAUUCCAGCCCAGGACUCUGGUCCACAGUCCUCCAUUACGGUUCAGCCUACCCCUCCACAGUCCUCCAUUACGGCUCAGCCUACCCCUCCACCGUCCUCCAUUACGGCUCAGCCUACCCCUCCACCGUCCUCCAUUACGGCUCAGCCUACCCCUCCACCGUCCUCCAUUACGGCUCAGCCUACCCCUCCACAGUCCUCCAUUACGGCUCAACCUGCUCCUCCACCGUCCUCCAUUACGGCUCAGCCUACCCCUCCACAGUCCUCCAUUACGGCUCAACCUGCCCAUCCACCGUCCUCCAUUAUGGCUCAACCUGCUCAUCCACCGUCCUCCAUUACGGCUCAACCUGCUCAUCCACCGUCCUCCAUUAUGGCUCAACCUGCCCAUCCACCGUCCUCCAUUAUUGCUCAACCUGCUCAUCCACCGUCCUCCAUUAUGGCUCAAUCUGCUCAUCCACAGUCCUCCAUUACGGCUCAACCUGCCCAUCCACCGUCCUCCAUUAUGGCUCAACCUGCCCAUCCACAGUCCUCCAUUACGGCUCAGCCUGCCCAUCCACCGUCCUCCAUUACGGCUCAACCUGCCCAUCCACCGUCCUCCAUUACGGCUCAGCCUGCCCCUCCUCAGACCUCCAUUAUGGCUCAGGGUGGUUCUGUUGUCGUUGCACCCCAGCUUGUUGGCUGCAUUGUUGCAGGUUCAGUUUAUCAACACAUCAGUGUUACUAUCCCUUCACAUGGUGCUGAUGAAGAGCUGCCAAAAGUCAAGGACAAACACAAGUCCAACAUGAAGAAGAAGUUUGGGAGCAUCUUUGAGGGGCUUGGAAAACGGGGAAACACAACAUUGCUUGACAAGAUCUACACAGAGCUCUACAUCACAGCUGGGGAGAGUGAAGGGGUUAAUAAAGAGCAUGAGGUAUGGCAGAUUGAAGAUACGGCUCGGACCAAAGCAUUUCAAGACGAUGCAAUCAACUGCAAUGACAUCUUUAGAUCUUUAGACCCGAAGACAGAGGAACAUAAUGACAAAUCCCAAUCCAAACAAGAGGUACCCAUCAGAACUGUGCUGACAAAUGGCAUCGCUGGCAUCGGAAAAACAGUCUCAGUGCAGAAGUUCAUCCUUGACUGGGCAGAAGGAAUAGCCAAUCAGGAUGUAGAUUUUGUCUUCGCACUUCCAUUUAGGGACUUGAAUUUGAUCAAAGAUGACUGCAAUCUCUUGAAACUCCUGAGUGACUUCCACCCUGAACUAACAGAUAUGCAGGACGCAAAGAAGGUGGUCGACGGUAAAGUUGUAUUCAUCUUUGAUGGCCUCGAUGAAAGCCAACUUCCACUGGGUUUCCAUAACAACAAGAGGUUGUCUAAUGUAACCGAGAAAACAUCAGUGGACAUGCUGCUGACAAACCUCAUCAAGGGGAAUAUGCUUCCUGAAGCUCUCCUCUGGAUAACCUCCCGACCAGCAGCAGUUGAUAAGAUACCCUCUGACUGUUUUGACCGUGUCACUGAAGUUCGAGGAUUCAACGACCCACAGAAAGAAGAAUACUUCAAGAAGAGAUUCAGUGAUGAUGAGAACCUGGCCAGCAAAAUCAUCUCCCACAUAAAGACAUCAAGAAGCCUCCACAUCAUGUGCCACAUACCGUUCUUCUGUUGGAUUACUGCCAUGGUUUUUGGGAAAAUGUUGAGCAAAAAUGACCAUGGAAAAGUCCCUCUGACUGAGAUUUACAUUCGCUUCCUACUCACUCUGACAAACAUGAAGAACAAGAAAUAUAAUGGGAAAAACGAACCAGAUCCUCGUAAUCUGUCAGAGCCUGACGUACAGAUCAUUCUGAAACUUGGAAAACUAGCCUUCCAAAACCUGGCAAAGAGCAAUUUGGUGUUUUCUGAAGACUAUUUGAGAGAGUGUGGCAUUGAUGUCAAUGAAGCCUUCUUACUCUCAGGGAUGUGCACAGAGAUCUUCAGAGAGGAGGACUCUAUGUUUCAAGCAAAGAUGUACAGCUUUGUGCAUCUCACCAUUCAAGAGUUCUUUGCAGCACUCUAUGUUGCUUUCUCAUAUGCCAGUGAAAAUGUCAACCCAUUUUGUUUAAGAGACUACCAAGAGCUACCAAGAAAAAAUUACAGUGUUUCUGGAGACACAUAUUUUGGAGACGGGGAUGAUGACUACAGGGAUGAUGACAACAGGGAUGAUGACUACAGGGAUAAUGACUGCAGGGAGGAUGACUGCAGGGAGGAUGACUGCAGGGAGGAUGACUGCAGGGAUAAUGACUGCAGGGAGGAUGACUGCAGGGAGGAUGACUUCAGGGAGGAUGACUUCAGGGAGGAUGACUUAAGGGAGGAUGACUUAAGGGAGGAUGACUUCAGGGAUGCUGACUGCAGGGAUGAUGACUACAGGGAUGCUGACUUCAGGGAUGCUGACUUCAGGGAUGCUGACUGCAGGGAUGAUGACUACAGGGAUGCUGACUUCAGGGAUGCUGACUUCGGGGAUGCUGACUUCGGGGGUUAUGACUUCGGGGAUGCUGACUUCAGGGAUGAUGACUGAAGGGAGGAUGACUUAAGGGAUGAUGACUUAAGGGAUAAUGACUGCAGGGAUAAUGACUUCAGGGAUGAUGACUUCAGGGAUUAUGACUGAAGGGAGGAUGACUGAAGGGAUGAUGACUGAAGGGAGGAUGACUGCAGGGAUGAUGACUGCAGGGAUGAUGACUGCAGGGAUGAUGACUACAGGGAGGAUGACUUCAGGGAUGCUGACUGCAGGGAGGAUGACUGCAGGGAGGAUGACUGAAGGGAGGAUGACUGAAGGGAGGAUGACUGCAGGGAGGAUGACUUAAGGGAUGAUGACUACAGGGAUGAUGACUGCAGGGAGGAUGACUUCAGGGAUGAUGACUUCAGGGAUGAUGACUGCUGGGAUGAUGACUACAGGGAUGAUGACUGCAGGGAUGAUGACUGCAGGGAUGAUGACUUCAGGGAUGAUGACUGCAGGGAUGAUGACUGCAGGGAUGAUGACUGAAGGGAUGAUGACUACUGGGAUGAUGACUGCAGGGAUGAUGACUGAAGGGAUGAUGACUUCAGGGAUGAUGACUUCAGGGAUGAUGACUGCUGGGAUGAUGACUACAGGGAUGAUGACUGCAGGGAUGAUGACUGCAGGGAUGAUGACUGCAGGGAUGAUGACUUCAGGGAUGAUGACUGCAGGGAUGAUGACUGCAGGGAUGAUGACUGAAGGGAUGAUGACUACUGGGAUGAUGACUGCAGGGACGAUGACUGCAGGGAUGAUGGCUACAGUGAUGAGGGCUACAGGGAUGAUAGCUGGAGCGAGGAUGAAGACUACAGGCCACAACACAGAGGUUCUCAGCAGCUACAGAAAACAUUGCAUGACUUGCAUAGGAGUGCGGUGGAUGAAUCUUUGAACAGCGAGACCGGUCACCUAGACCUCUUCCUCCGCUUCCUUCUGGGCAUCUCACUGGAGUCCAAUCAGAUACUCUUGAAAAGCCUAAAGCUCCAGACGGAGGGAGACACAGAGAGCAUCCAGAAGACCAUCCAGUACAUCAAAGAUAGACUUUCAGACAAAAAACAAAGACAAUAUCCCUCCCCAGAGAGGUGCAUCAAUCUCUUUCUCUGUUUGAUUGAGUUGAACGAUACCUUGUUUGUGAAUUAAAUUAACCUCUUAAUAAAUGGAUCACUAGUCACCUUCAAUAAUGCCACAUUAAUAAUGUUUACGUAUCUUACAUUACUCAUAUCACAUGUAUGUACUGUAUUUUAUACCAUUUACUGCACCUUGCCUAUGCUAAUCGGCCAUCACUCAUCCAUAUACUUAUAUGUACAUAUUCUCUUUCACCCCUUUAGAUUUGUGUGUAUUAGGUAGUUGAUGGGGAAUUGUUAGAUUACCUGUUAGAUAUUAUUGCACUGUCGGAACUAGAAGCACAAGCAUUUCGCUACACUCGCAUUAACAUCUGCUAACCAUGUGUAUGUGAGCAAUAAAAUUGGAUUUGAUUUGA